AGUGAAAGAGGAUUAUUAUCAAAAAAAUAAUGGCGAAUCCGGCGCCAAGGAAUUAAAAGGAGAAAAUGGAGUUUUAUACAGAAAAAAAAACACACGAAACCGAAUACUGAUUAGCUGUGAUGAAAUACCACGUCGACUCUAG